AUGGACGCAACGAUUGAGUGGGACGAAUGGAAAAACAUGGCUAGAGGACUCCUUAACGCGCAUGAUCCAGAUAACGUCCACCCUCGCUUCCUGCGCGCUGAGCUUCGUCUCUCCCGGAUCAACACAAUCAACCGCUGCACUCGCCUUCCGCCUUUCCAAUCAUACCUCCGGGGCUGGAAUAAUUACGGCAGCUUCCACCGCGACAACCUUGCGUGGAUGGCUGGUACUGCUGUCUUCGUCGCUGUAGUGUUGGCUGCGAUGCAGGUCGGCCUCGCGACGGAGCGGCUCCAGCGCGAUGCCAAAUUUCAAAGUGCAUCGAGCGUGCCUCGCCGCAGCUCCAUCACUUGCGCAGAGCGGCUGGAACAACACUUCUCUUCAACCCGGUGGAUCCCGGGUGCCAUCCUCACCACCAAGCUCAGCACCCGUGCUGUCAUCACGUCCAAUCACCCGGACCGGAUCAUCACCGCCAUCAUCCACAUCGGCACCGCCAACCACAGUCACAGCGGCGGGUUCUACACCAUCAGCGGCGGCGCAGCCAUCCCCAUCGCAGCAGGGGCAACAGCAACAGCCAGCCAAGAAGGGGGCAACGACGACCCGGCCCCGACAUCAGAGCCACCCACCUCGGAGCCGCCGACCUCGUCCGAGCCGCCCUCAUCGUCCCAGCCCACGUCGUCCCAGCCGCCGACGGGCACGCCCAAGCCGUACAUGAUCUUCCCUGCCGACGGCGCGGACACAGCGGCCUUCCUGACCACGCUCGAGGACCUCGUCAAGCCCGAGGUGCCGCAGGUGGUCGACGUCCUGGACGCCGCGAGCAACUCCAACACGACGCUGAUGUGGGUUGCGAACUUGACCGACACGCAGCUGCGGGAGGUCGAGGGCAACAGCGCCGUGGAGGGGACAAUGGUGAACGCCAACCUGACCGCGCCCGCGCCGGCUGAGGAGGUCGAGGGGGAGACCGUUGCACCGCCCAAGACGGCGCGGCGGAGCCUGAAGGACCUUGCUAAGAGGGCGGUCAUCAAUGUUGAUACGGAUGACUUUGAUCUGAUUCAGCUUUCUACGGCUGAGGGUAGCCAGCCUGGGACGACGUAUGACUAUGAUGAGAGCGCCGGGGCUGGCAUUUCUGUUUAUGUUAUUGAGAGUGACAUUUUGAUGGACCAUCAGGAGUUCACCGACGGCGGUCGGACUACUCGGAAGAUCACCAUUCCGGACAUGACUGGCGGAGGGCUCCGCGACCGAGCAGAGUCCCACGGUACAUGUGCGGCGUCGAAGGCAGUUGGAAACACUGCGGGCUCUGCACCAAAGGCAGACUUCGUAGCCGUCGACAUGACAAACGACGACGUCGCCACGCUGAUCGCCGCCUUCGCCAUGAUCGGCCAGGACGUGGCGCAGAGGGGCCUGAAAGGCAAGGCGGUCAUCUCGUGCAGCCUGACGGCGAGCGAGGAGUCCAUCACCGAGAUGGGCAUCGCGCGGCUCCGGCGCGUGCUCGGCGUCCUGGUCAGCCUCGACGUGCCGAUCAUCCUGUCGGCGGGCAACUACGGCGGCGACAUCAACACCUACCCGCCCAUGCUGGCGGACGAGCUGCCGCUCAUCACCGUCGGCGCCGUGGACGACAAGGGCGAGAUCGCGUCUUGGUCCCAGGGCGGUGCGCUCCUCACGACUGCGGCUGGUGGCGUGGGUAUUGUCUGUGCUACCAACGAGGGAGUUGAUGCGUACCGGAUCAAGCAGGGAACCUCUUUCGCCGCGCCACUCGUCGCCGGCAUGGUCGCCUACUGGCUCGGCCACCCAGACUACACAGGCGCAUUCCCAGCCUCGCAGGUCGCCCAGGCCGCCAAGGACUCAGUCACCUCCCUGCACUGGGCGCGCGUCGAGGGCGGCUACAACGUGGCCUACAACGGCGCGCACGAGUGCGUCGAGGACGACGGGUCCUCGAGUGACGGCGAGGCUCCCGCAGCAAGGCGCGACAUGAUGCUCCAGGGACGCCAGGCAGCUGGGAACACCACGCUGGGCCUGGGCGGCAUCCUGGCGGCGUCGUGCCCGCUGCCGCCAUCGAACUCGAGCUCUUCUACGGUAGUCACCGCCACGCCGACGACGUUCGCGACCGUCACCUCCACCGCGUCUGCCACGUCGACGGCGGCGGCUGAGACGAGUGCGCCUGCUAUCGAGCCGAUGUACUGCUACAGCUUCAACCCUGCUUGCUAUGGAUGGUGCUGCCCAGAUGAGCCUGGUGGGACCUGCAGCUCCGAGUACCCGGGCAAGCAGGGCUGCCGAUGUGGUGCUGGCGGCGCGACCAACGUCGUUCCUACUGCUGCCCAGUGCCCGAUGCCUGCUCAAGUGCAUGAUGUACUCGAGCAUUAG